GUAGAAAUAAAUAAAUCUAAAAACAAAUGUAAAUACUACCGACAAUUAAAAACAACAACAGGAAUAUAAUAAAAUAAUUUACAGCACUUGACAAAUAAACAUUGUACUGUAUCUUAUUUUGAAAAAGAGAAAUUUGCACAAAAUGCGUUCACAUAACCUCACUUUUCAUAAUUAAAUGAAAAAGAAAUAAUUAGAUAAAGAAAAAUAAGGAUAGAUUUUUAUCAAAAUGACACCUAUAGACGAUUUUGCAUACCUUAUCAAUCAUGUGUUGCUUGGAGAAGAACCAACAAUUGAAGAUUUUAUACUCUUAGUAGGCACUCUGGUAGCCUUUGUAGCGUUUAUUCUCUGGUGCUGUUUUCCUAUACAUCCAAAAGACUCAAACGUUCCAAACCCGUCUACAUCUAGAUCUGAGGCAAACGAGUCAAACGGUCAUUACAGUUCCUCUCGAAGUCAUCAUGAUCACUGCUACAGUUGCAGCUCGUGAAAAUGAUAAAUCUAGUCACAUAUAUAUAUAUAUAUAUAUAUAUUUAUUUAUAAGUAUGUAAUUUGUACUUAAAGUGUUCGC